AUGGAUAUCAUCUAUUUCAGCAAGCAUGCUGAGGACUUCCACAAGCUGGGCUGUGAGGUGCUGGGGUUCUCUGUAGACUCACAGUUUACCCACCUGGCUUGGACUAACAACCCACAUACGGAGAGAAGCUUGAGCCCUCUAUACAUCUCCCCGAUGGCUGAUAUAAUCAGAAGCUUAUCCCGUGAUUAUGGCAUGUUGAAGGAAGAUGAGGGGAUUGCCUACAGGGGUUUCUUUAUCAUUGAUGGCAAAGGUGUCCCUCACCACAUCACCAUAAAUGAUUUGCCUGUGGAGUGCCCCGUGGAUGAGGCUCUUUGGCUGCUCCAGGCCUUUUAG